CAAAUCGUCUGGGGGCAACCAGGAGCAGCUGUGCUUUGGUGUCGGGAUCGGCGCUGGUGGUAUCGGGGUCUAGUGGACAGAGAAGAUUCUUGGCCAAACAGAUGGCUUCUCGGUGGCAGGGCAUGGGGGCCUCCAUGCACCUGAGAUCUCUCCAGGACCAGGAGCAGCUGGAGGACAGCAAGGCACUGCAGCCUGUGGUUAGCCAUCAAGAAACUUCCACUGGGGCCCUGGGCUCCUUAUGCAGACAGUUCCAAAGGAGGCUACCUCUGAGGGCCGUCAACCUCAACCUCAGAGCAGGCCCCUCCUGGAAGCGCCUGGAAACCCCAGAGCCAGGGCAGCAGGGCCUCCACGCUGCAGCUCGCUCAGCUAAAAGCGCCUUAGGUGCCAUGUCCCAGAGAAUCCAGGAGUCCUGCCAAAGUGGCACCAAGUGGCUGGUGGAAACCCAGGUGAAAGCCAGGAGGAAGAGAGGGGCACAGAGGGGCAGCAGCUCGCCAACUCACCAUGUGAGCCAGAAGAGCACCCGGCUGUCUGGAGCCGCCCCUGCCCACUCAGCCACAGACCCCUGGGAGAGGGAGCAUCACCGCCCCUCUGCCCAGAUGGGCCCACAUGUCCACUCGCUACGGCGCUCGAGGAGGGAGGCUGCCGUCCGGAGCCCCUGUUCCUCCACAGAACCCCUCUGCUCUCCCAGCGAGUCUGACAGUGACCUUGAGCCUGUGGGAGUAGGGAUUCAGCAUCUCCAGAAGUUGUCCCAAGAGCUGGAUGAAGCCAUUAUGGCUGAAGAGAGUGGUGACAUGACCGUCUCUCUCAUUCAUGACUGAGGACAGUUCCUGCAGGAAACAAGCCCCAUCUGUCCACCAAGCUUCAUACCCAGGAUGCCUGUGCUUCCCAUGAGCUUCCUGGAGAGAGUCCCCAGGAGUCAUCAACACCCUUAAGCCACUGCUAACAAGGACCUGACUAACAAGGGGCCCAGAGCUGCUCCAGCCACAUCUGGACCCAUCAGUGACCACCUGCCACAGCCUAAGAGUGACUUGGGGAGACCUUGGACAGGUGGGGGAAGCUGUUCUUUGAGCUCCCCCAGGUGACCCUUGGGCUUAGAAACUCAUCCCACA